UCCUCCAGGCGUUUUAGUCUCCGCAGAAGCUUUUCCAAGUUAUCAGGUGAGGAGGAAAACUGGAAGAGAUCUCAGUCCCCUGACUGUCAACAACCAUGAGCGGUGGAGUGAAUUUCAAAGUCAUAUCUCAGAGCCAGAGCGACGCCGGUGUCAGCUCCAGUCUGCCUUUACCUCGGAGCAUGAUGCCUCUCCCCAAGGUGGAUUCCAAGCAGCAGUACGGCGGUCUCCCCAAUCCCGGCAUGCCGUAUCAACACAGCACCAAACGGCGAGCUUCCGACUCGUCCACGUCCGUCUCCACGGGCCCCUCGGAGCCGCUGAGGGGCUCGGCUUUGAGGAACCACCUGCUGCAGCAGAAGACCGGCGUGUAUUGUCACAGAGGCCCGGCCGCCACGGAGCGGACCGACGGCACGUGCUCGGCCUACAGCAGCCCUCAGGUACCAAAGAGGGAAGCCCCCCGAUCCAAAGACACCCUGGACCUCCGGAACAGCGCCAUGACCCAGAAAGCUUUACGAGACCUCCAGUUAAGAAGAAACACCAACAAGAACUGGACCUUUGGAAAGUGUCGUCAGAGGAACGUGGACAACGCACAGCAGGGGGACUCCUUACGCCGCCUCUCCGCCAACCUCCCGUCAGGCCACGGACGCGGACGCCUCUUUUAUACCAAAGGUGCAAAUGGGAACGAGGUACCAGCCGUCUCUUCAGGUGUAAUGGAGAACAUUCAGAGAGAGGCCAGGAACGUCUCAAACCAGGACCCGGGAGCUUUCGACAGACAAAUGUUCAACAAGUCAAAGUCUUCCUGUCUGACUUUCAACAUGGCGCGCAGGGCGAGCGAGCCAGGAAGAGUCAACAUGGCCGCUGUUGCCCCUUUCAGGUUCAGGUUUCAGAUUCACGAUGACACAGACACCACCCUGGAUGAUCUGAGCGACUGCUCCUCAGACUCCAUGGAGGUCUGCUGUGAUGACCUCGAUCCUGAGUCUCAGAGGAAGCGCACGGUGCAGAACGUCCUUGACCUUCGGCAGAAUCUGGAAGACACGAUGUCGAGUCUGCGCGGCUCCCAGCUCAGUCACAGCUGUCUGGACAGCAGCAACGUUGGCUACGACAGCGACGAGACCAACGCCCGUAGCAUAUCCAGCAUGUCCAACCGGUCGUCGCCCCUGUCCUGGCGCCACGGCCAGUCCAGCCCCCGCCUUCAGGCUGGCGAGGCCCCGUCCUCCACGGGUGGGGGAUACCAGGGGGGCAAGAGCGGCUCCCAGUACACGGCGCAGACCAUGCCGGCCCGCUGCUCCAGCCGCCUCAGCAGCACGUCUCGCAUCGAGCUCAUCGAGGGCCUGGACGUGGACGACGCCGACCUAAAGUCCGGUUACCUGAGCGACAGCGACCUUCUGGGGAAGAGCUUGCCGGAUGACGAUGACGACAAUCUGGCUAAUGGCUGGGAUGAGAGCAGCUCCAUCAGCAGUGGGCUCAGCGACGGCGAUGGCGACGGCUCGGAGAACCUCAGCUCAGAGGAGUUCAACGCCAGCUCGUCUCUGAACUCCCUCCCAAGCACACCCUUAGGAUCCAGACGCAACUCGUCUGCCAUGCUCCGCACCGAUGCAGAAAAGCGCUCCCUGGUGGAAAGUGGACUUUCUUGGUACAGCGAGGAUGGCAAAGCCAGCCAUAAGCUUCAUAGCAGCAGCUAUGAGACAGGAAGUCUUAAGACAGACGCCCCGAGCAAGUGGAGAAAGAGGCCUCCGGGCCUCAAUGAGGAUUUCGGGGUGAAAGGCGAUCUGAAGAAGCCUCAGAGUUUGGGUCAGCCUGGGAGCUUCAAAAAGGGCAGAAAUCCUCCUGUGGGCGUGACGUCCCCAAUCACCCAUACCUCCCAGAGCAUGCUGAAGGUUGUAGCACCUAAAAGUGAGAAACCACUGGACAAAUCCAAGAUGUCCAUCAAAACCGCAGGUCUGCAGCGGUCACGAUCAGACGCUGGGAGGGAUCAUCAUCACGGAGAGCACCGGAAGCCCCCGUCCGGUCUGAUCAAACCGUCUGCUGGAGCCUCCUUCGGUUACAAAAAGCCACCAACAGCCACUGGCACCGCAACCGUCAUGACAGCAGGGGGCGCAACGAUCUCCAGUGGCUCUGCUACUGUGGGAAAAACCCCCAAGUCAUCUGGUAUCCCCGUGAAGCCAGUGGGAGGAGGGAUACCCUCCGGCAGAAAGAACAGUUUUGAUGCCAGCAGCGAGCAGAGCUUCCUGGGGCCAAACGCCCGAAACAGCAUUCAGUACCGCAGCCUGCCCCGACCGGCCAAAUCCAGCACGCUCAGUGUGAUUGGCCGCCCUGCAAGUCGUCCGAUCAGCAGCACCAUGGACUCCAGUCUGCUGAGUCUGAAGCCCGUGCCCAUGGCCUCCACGGGGCCCAGGGUCAAAGAACCAAGCAGCUGUAGCGCUAAAAUGACGAACCGAACGAGCUCAGGCCCCGUGAACCAGACGGACAGAGAGAAGGAAAAGGAAAGAGCCAAGGCCAAGGCUGUGGGUGGCGACAUGGACUGCGGCGCUCUGAAAGCAGAGGACGCUCAGUCUGAAUCCAGCGGAGAGCCGGCUGUGAAGCUGCAUGGCCUGAGGCGAACCAGCAGCAGCAAAUACCCCGAACUGUCAUCACCAACUACACCAAGGAUGCUCAACACAAAAUCUCUGGGUCGUCCUCCCAGCUUGGCUCACCUCGACAAGGUCAAUUCCAACAGUCUCGACUCCUGCGUGACCAUCCAAGACCUUCCACCCAAAGUCCCUCCAUACUCCAAGCUUCAAGACCUGGCGGGUUCCCACACAGCCGCCCGCCUCACCCCCAGCCCAGCGCCCAUCCUGCAUAUCGACUCGGCCAGCUCCUACACCGGCGAGAGCCUGAGCCUGAGCGGUUCACCCAUGCUCUACCCGAAACUGACGGGUAUGCACCGGAGCAUGGAGUCCCUGCCCCUGCAGAUGAGCGUCCCCUCCAGUGCCCGGUUCGUCGCAACAGACACGCCUAACAAGGAAGAGCGGACGACCGGAACGUGGGGGGCCGGCAGCAGGACGUCUCUCACCCACUCCGAGAGGCGCUUUGGCUCGAGCCUGUCGGAGAGUGAAGGCAGCAAACCGGGAAGGCGUCACUCCCACACCAUAUCCAGCAUGACGGAGAGUGAUAGCCCCCCCCAGCUGCCGUCUCCCACUCGCCCCCUCCUCCCCUCCUCCAGCAAAACCCCUCUCACCAACGUGGUUGCCCCAAUUUCCAGUGGCAGCCCGAGGAUAUCUCGCUCCAACAGCAUCGGCCCCCCCAGUGAGUCAUCCUGCGAUCUGUAUGGAUCCUCCCCCCUGGGCAGCAGCAUGUCCCUGGCUGACCGGCCAAAAAGCAUGAUGCGGUCCGGGUCUUUCCGUGAACCAGGCGAUGAUGUGCACGGCUCAGUCCUCUCUUUGGCAUCCAAUGCUUCAUCCAACUAUUCCUCGAAUGAGGAGAGGAUACAAGGCGAGCAAAUCCGCAAGUUGAGGCGUGAGCUGGAAUCCUCCCAGGAGAAGGUUGCCAACUUGACCAUGCAACUUUCCGCCAAUCUAGGCCAGGCUAAUCUGGUGGCAGCAUUCGAGCAAAGUCUGGCGCUGAUGACAGCUCGUCUGCAGACAUUGUCGGUCUCCUCAGAGCAAAAGGACUCUGAGCUCAAUGAGCUGAAGGACACCAUCGAGAUCCUGAAAGUGAAAAACACAGAAGCCCAGGAAAUCAUCCAGGGGGCUCUCAGCAAUCCAGACAUCACCCCAAAAGAGCUGCUGAUCAAUCGCCAGAAUUCCUCCGAAAGCAUCUCCAGUCUUGCGAGCACCACGAGCCACUCGAGCGUCGGGAGUCUCAAAGAGCAGGAGGCCAAGAAGAAGAAGAAGAAGAGCUGGGUCUUUGAGCUGCGCAGCUCCUUUAACAAGGCUUUCAGCAAGAAGGGGUCCAAGUCAUCUGGGCCGUAUGCUGAUAUUGAAGAGAUCGCCACCCCAGAGUCUUCAGCACCUUCCUCCCCCAAAGUCCACCAUGACGGAGAAAACCCCUCAGGCGCCAUGAAGUCUUCAACCUCUGCAUCAUCAUCAAGACUGUGUGAAGAAGAGGACGUUCCUGACGAUAAGGUGGUGACGGAGCUGCGGUCCGAGCUGUGGGAGAAGGAGCGGAAACUGACCGACAUCCGGCUGGAGGCGCUCAGCUCUGCUCAUCAGCUGGAGCAGCUGCAGGACGCCAUGACCAACAUGCAGAGGACCGUGGAGAACCUGAAGGCUGAGAAUGAUCAGCUGAAGACGGGCACUCUGUCCCCCUGCCCGUCGCCCGGACCCUCCAGCUCUGUCUCCCAGUCAUCGGGUCUCACUACUCUGGGAAACUCUUCACCUCGACAGUCUGUGGCCAUUCACAUGCCGAAAAGCUACAGCAGAGGGCUGAGCGAAGGAAACGGCUCAGCAGACACCCACUCAGCCGACUCUCUCAGCCUUUCUGCACAGAGAGACGACCAUCGCGUCAGGGUGGUGGUUUGCGUUGCAGACCUGCGCGUCUUCAAAGAGGAUGUCAAGCAGCAGGAUUUCUUCAUCGGCACGGUCCGUGUGAACGGCAGAAUGGACUGGGUCAUGCUGGACUCAGCAGUCAGCCAGGCUUUUAAGGUGUACAUUGCGAAGGUGGAUCCCACCUCCAGCCUGGGGCUGUCUACAGACUCCAUCUACAGCUACAGCAUGGGGCACAUCAAGAGAGUGCUGGGAGGAGACGCUCCUGAGACUCAGCCGUCUCGCUGCAUGUCCCGAGGACCCGGCGGCAUCACUGUGGCCUUGAAAGGUUUGAAGGAGAAGUGUGUGGACAGCCUGGUUUUUGAGACGCUCAUUCCCAAACCCAUGAUGCAACACUACAUCAGUCUUCUGCUCAAACACCGCCGCCUCAUCCUGUCCGGUCCCAGCGGGACGGGUAAGACCUACCUCGCUUCCCGGCUGGCUGAGUACCUGGUGGACCGCAGCGCCCGGGAAGUCACAGACAGCAUCGUGGUCACUUUCAACAUGCACCGCCAGUCAUGCAAGGAUCUGCAGCUUUAUCUGUCUAACUUGGCCAAUCAAAUAGAUCGGGAAACCACUACUUCAGAAAUACCUCUGGUAGUUAUUCUGGACGACGUCCACGACCCCGCUGCUCUCAGUGAACUCGUCAAUGGUGCUCUCACCUGCAAAUAUCACAAAUGUCCUUACAUCAUUGGAACAAGCAAUCAGCCUGUGAAGAUGAUCGCAAACCACGGUCUGCAUCUCAGCUUCAGGAUGGUGACCUUCUCCAACAACGUGGAGCCAGCCAACGGCUUCCUCGUGCGAUAUUUGCACAGAAAGAUGAUGGAGUCAGAAGACGAGAGGAAUUUGACCAACGAGGACCUCAUCCGGGUGCUGGACUGGGUUCCCAAGCUGUGGUAUCAUCUGCAUGCCUUCCUGGAGAAGCACAGCACAUCCGACUUCCUCAUUGGUCCUUGCUUUUUUCUCUCCUGUCCGGUCACAGUGGAUGAAUUUCGCUCAUGGUUCAUUGAUCUUUGGAAUCACUCUAUUAUUCCAUAUUUGCAAGAAGGGGCCAAGGAUGGCAUCAAGGUCCAUGGCCAGAAGGCGGUGUGGGAGGACCCGGUGGAGUGGGUGAGGGGCACCCUGCCCUGGCCCUCUGCCCAGCAGGACCAGGCGAAGCUCUUCCACCUCCCUCCCCCCAGUAUCGGCUCCAGCAGCCCCUGCCAGCCCAGCGAGGAGAGGCCUCACAAGGAGACUCCGCCCAGCUCCAUGGAGUCCGAUCCUCUGAUGGCAAUGCUUUUGAAACUUCAAGAGGCUGCCAAUCACAUUGAGUCCCCAGACAAGGAAGACCCCGCCCUGCCUAAGCUUUGAAUGGAAAACUCACGCCGAGCACCUUGAAUUUACUUUUCUGUUUUCACUGUAACUACAGUGCACAUUCAGGAAGAAAUGGACCCUUAGAUUUCAAUUUUCAUUCCCAGAGUUUGAAAGUAUGACUUUAUGACCCUUGUGGUGUUUAACAAAAAAAAAAAGGAGUAUCAAAUGGAAAUAUGUAUCCUUUAUUAAAAUGUAACGUAAGCAUUCACCUCACAGUUUAUCACCACUUUAGCCCUCAGUUGUCUUAGAUUGGUGCUAACAGAACAGUAUUAAAUCCGACAUCUCAGCACUUCAUCUUCAGGGGAUUUCCAUGUGUGCACUCACACACACACACACACACACACACACACACACACUGAGUCUAUUAUUUCUUCUGCUCCAGUGUAUCGUAGGAUGUCUGGUGCUUGUCAAGUAGAGCUACUCUCAAACAAUGAUGACUCAUUCCUGAAAAGAGUAUGACAGCAUUGAGAAGCAACUGUUUAUUGCAGAGUUCUUCAGUACAUAUCAGCCGUAUAAGUCUUUGAAGGCCAAAUCACACACAUAUGCAAUCCUGAACUUUACAACUCGAGCAGGUGAAACAGAGAAAAUGCCUUAACAAAGACGUCCGUGUCCCCUCAGCUUCAGCAGAGUGUCCUGGUGCUUUCAUCAAACUCCUCCCGAGGGCAGUCAGUUCUCUCUUCAGCUCUUCUUCUGUAGGAUCUUUUUCAGUACACAGUGUCACAUGCUCUCUCAAUUUCUUCUUCUUUUUUUGUUCAAAUUAGAGAACUUGCUGUCAUACUCUUUUGCCCAAACAAAACCUAACAUAUGUGAUGUGCUUUCAUCACGUUGUUGCUGCACACUCCACUUUUUUUUUUAAUUUUAAAAGCACUUAAGGUAAUUUUCCUCACUGCUUCAUGUAAAACAAGCAGCGUCACCGACGUGGCCAUAUGUAUCAGGUAUUAGAUACUUACUACACAGGGAUAAAUAUAUUACAGACACAGAUUGAGCAAAUGCUAAUUGAAUCCAAUUCAAAUAUGUUUUUUUCUUUCUUUUUUUUCUGUGAGAUUGUUUAUUCAGGAAAAAGUACAGAGCAGUUUAUCUGAAAUAUCUCCCCACCAUUCAGAGCCGUUACUGUAUAUAUGAUGUACAUACAAUCAGGCUACAUUGCAGUUAUUUUAUCUACAUUAGUUGGUGCAAAUAUCUAAUGUAAUAAACCAAAAACUGUACUUUAUAGACCGUCGAGUUAGGAGUUUAAGUUCAACUAUGAAUGUAUAGAAAACAGUUCUACGACCAUGUCAGAGUAUCGACCAUCUAGUGGGUGCUUUUAAAGGACGCCUUAUAUAAAGUUCCAUUUAGAAACACUUUUACCAAUAGCUGAGUGACUCUAAAGUAACAUAUAUCCAUUUUAGUUCCUGCACAUUACAGACUUAAGCUGAAAGCUACAUGCUUUUUAUUCCUCAUUUAGAUAAAUAUGGUGCUCUUUAAAAAGGUCCCAAACCAUCUUAGUGUUAAAUGGAAAUGACAUAGAUGUCGAGGGUAGGCUAGCAAAGAGUUUUGUGUCUUUUCUGUCCAACACAAAAGGAUUUAUGACAUGAGUAUGGACGAUGGUUCCCCUUUCUUUUUGUCCGGGGUGUUGUUGACAUUGUUGGAGACAUUACAUAGAGACAGUGAAGUCACGUGAGACGUCGUGUGGCGUGAACCCAUCUUGAUGUCGUGCAUUAUUCAUGCACAAGGGUGCAGUUGAAAGAUUUUUUUUUUUAAAUAGUACUUUGUGCAGAUUUUUUUUUCUAAAGAAACUCUCGUGGAGUGAAAGACUUAAAGUACAAGUGUUGAAUAACUCAUCAUCUCAAACUGUGUCACCGUUUCAACUCUCAGACUGAAUGCUUCACAAGAAGUAAAUCCUGUAAAUGAAUGUCAAAUCACUUUAAAGAUGGCUUCAAAAGAAGGUUUAGAUGUUUUUAUACUGUGCCGGAGCUGCUUCAUGCUUUUAUUGCACCAAUUAAAUAAGGCUGAUGAUGAAGCUUCAAGCUAAUCCGCAGCUCUGUCUUGUCGAACGAUACAAAAGCGAAUGAACUCGCGACAUCGAAAACAACAAGAUGUCAAACAGCUAGUGGCCCACACUGGCAGCCUGCCAAGUAUGAAUUCCAUUACUGUAAAUAGUUCAGGAAUCGGCCGGUAUUGCCAGCCCCACUCCGAUCUGACCACAUCCAUCAGCUCCAGCCUGUCAUCUCAUCCACUGGUUGUUGUGCCUGUUGCUGUGUAGUAGCUGUGAUUUGUGUUUGCUUACUAGUGUAUCAGGACUAUGCAGCAACUUCUACUGGUGUUGGCAAUCAACAGACGUGUGAACGCAGAGCUUUCUCUGUCGGUCUGUCUUUGAGUUCCUGAUUUGGACCAAACUGUGCCCACAAGAGAAGGCUUGCUUCAGCAGGCGAUAACCGAGCCUUAAAGCGAGCGGGGUCUGGCCGGCGUGGGAGUGAAGACAGGGUUCCGCGAUGUCGAGUAAGAAUUCCAGUAGUCAGACGCGUUUUGUCCGCAAUAGAAGUAAUUUAAUUGAAUGUGUAAAUGGUCAAACCAUGAAAAACAUAAAGAGAAAUCAAGAUCUGUCCUAAAGUGGCAACAAACAAACUAGAUGGAGAUAAAUCUGAAAUUUUUGGGCCAAUACAGGUUGCUGAAUAGUCAUAUUUUUUACAAAGCUUGCUGUGGACUAAGCGAAGAUUAAAAAUGAUGUUAUGCUGUAUUUAAUGUCACUGAUGUGCUGAUGUUAAGGGUUUCUAAGUGUUGUAAAUGCAUGUAAACUUGCUGUGUGACAAGGAAACAAAUGUUAGCAUUUACGUAUCAUUUAGGAAAAUCAUUCUAGAUAAUGUUUUCCCUUUUAAUACUCAGAUAUUUGAUAUUUCUUUUUUUUCUAAAGAAUCCUUUGUAAAACUUCAUUUCUCUAUUUUGUACAGAACAUCAUUGUAAAGAUUGUAAAUAAUGCAGCAUUCUGGAUGCGGCAACAAUCAUUGAAGAGGGAAAAAAAAAGGUCCUUGAGGAAAAGAUAUGGCUGUGCAGAGAGGGGUCCAGUACUCGGAUGAGGCAUGCUACUCGAAGCUUUCAACCACUUAUCACUGUUUGUUGGAAAUAAUAAAAUACAUGUUAUAUUUAA